AUGGUUGAUGCAGUAGGCCGGAUUAUAUUCAGAGAUAGUGCGCCAGCACCAACAGUUGCUGAGGAAAGACUGGACGUGCAGGAAGCACUUAAAAGAGCGCUGAGAUCAGCAAGUAUUGUUGAUGGUCUUGCUAAAGGACUUCAUGAAGCAGCAAAGGCUCUUGAUAAGAGAGAAGCACAUUUCUGCGUUUUGGCUGAAAAUUGCGAUGAAGCUAUGUACACCAAACUAGUUGAAGCACUUUGCGCUGAACACCAGAUUGCUCUCAUAAAAGCAAAGGACAAGAAGAAGAUUGGCGAAUGGGCUGGUCUGUGCAAAUAUGACAAGGAAGGAAAACCCCGAAAAAUUGUUGGCUGUUCCUGUGCUGUCGUUCGAGACUAUGGCCAAGACGACGCGGCGAGAAUGGUCCUUCAAGAGUAUUUUGAAUCUCAGAAGAAGAAAUGA